AUGGGCUUAAUUGCAGACAACUUUCCGAUCCUCAACAACUCGGUUGAGACUGGUGAGGGAAAACGCGCCGAGUCGCGGUACUAUCCAAAGGACGAGCCAUGGAAUCCGCAUAGACAGGUCAAAAUCAUCAUCGUCGGCGCUGGUAUUGGUGGGGUUGCGCAGGCUAUUCUCCUCUCCCACAAAGUUCCCAACGCGACCAUAGUGGUGUAUGAUCGUCUAGAAAGGAUUGGGGGAACCUGGGCUGCGAACGUGUAUCCAGGGGUUCGUUGCGAUGUGCCAUCUCAUGCGUAUCAACUUACACUGGAGCCAAACACGCAAUGGUCCGAGUAUUACCCAAAAGGCAGUGAAAUUCAGCAGUAUUACGAAGGCGUCGUCAGGAACCACGGGCUCGAGGAGAACUUCAAACUCCAGCAUGAGGUUGUACGAGCGACGUGGCUGGCGAGUGCUUCCCAGUGGGCAGUCGAGGUUCGCAACCUCCGGACCGGCGACGUUUCGGUCGAUACAGCCGAGUUCCUCGUGAACUGCCAGGGCCGUAUCAGCAAGCCCAAGGUUCCUAACAUUCCGCAUCUCGAUGCCUACAAGGGCCCUAUCGUCCAUACUGCCCGUUGGCCUGCGGAUUUGGAUCUGACCGACAAGACGGUUGCUGUUGUCGGUGCAGGCGCGUCAGCCGCCCAGCUCAUUCCAAAUAUUGCCCCCAAGGUCAGAAAGAUUGUCAAUUUUGUCCGGAGCAAGACGUGGGUGUCUCCUACUUUCAUCCAAGGUACCCACGAAGCAACGGGUGACGCGCCAGGUGGCCCUCCCUAUUCCCCUGAACAGCGGGCCACGUUCCAAGGGGACCCAGCUGCAUACGUCGAACACCGCAGAGAGUUUGAGAUGAGGUUCCAGACGCGCACCAUCAAGGGCGCCCACAAGCUGGGGAGCAAGGAGAAUGCAGCCCUCCGAGAGCGUAUCAUCGAAACCAUGCGGGAGCGUCUUGGCGGCGAUGAGGAAUGGCUUCAACGUCUACUGCCGGACUACGCACCUGGCUGUAAACGACUCACACCAGCCCCGGGGUAUCUCGAAACACUACGCAGCCCGAAAGUGGACUACAUCACUGAGAGAAUCACACAGCUCACGCCAACAGGCGUCCAGACAGCUAGUGGAGCUCACCAUGAGGUUGAUGUCGUCAUCUUGGCUACAGGCUUCGAGCCGAGCUUUACGACACUCUUUCCUGUCAUUGGAAAAGAUGGAAUCGACCUCCGAGAGAAGUGGUCUUCGUAUGGUGAAAUCGGCUACCCUGAAACCUAUCUCGGCAUCAUGGCUCCUGGGUUUCCGAACUAUUUUUUUGUGCUGCAGGCUCAAGGCAACGCACGUGGAGGCUCCGUACCUCUACAUAUUGAGACCUCGGGUGUGUUCAUCGCCAAGGCGGUUCGAAAAAUCCAGUCACAGUCUUACGCGGCACUGAAUGCGAAAGAGGAGGCGGCCCAAGAGUUCAAUGACGUGGUUGGGGGGUUCUUCGAGAAUUCCGUGACAGGCGACUCAUGCAAGAGUUGGUUCAAAAGUGAAACUGGGCCAUCAAGGCUUCUCAUCGCUUGGCCUGGGUCGUAUCACCACCGCGCUGGCAUACUACGAGAUCCUCGGUGGGAGGACUUUACAUUUGAAGCCAGACCGGGGGCAACUCGGAACAGGUUCGAGUAUUUUGGUGAUGGGACAGUAGAGAAAGAAUCUAAGCCAGAUAGAGAUCCACUAAGGUUGACUAGCUAUCUGGCUGAGAUUGGGAAGAUCGAUCUCGCCACAUAUCAGGAAUCAUGGACUCUGGACCUAUGA